UCAGGUCUCUAUGGCAAUGCGAGUACUAUUGUCCCCCUCUUUAGAAGGUUGUAAAUUUUUUGCACCACGCCGAUUUACAAAAGUAGCUCGCAUUGUCAGUAAAGGCGGCGGCGAACUCUCAUUCUCGAUAGUGAUUUUUCUCCAAAAGCUAAGGCUUUCCUCUCAGCCGACGAGAGAUGGCUCCGUAGUACGAGAGAUCAUUUUUUAUCCCUCUCUCCAGCUGCUGCAACGCUCCUCGUCUCUUUUUCGGCAGCCUGGGCCUGGGAGAAAAUGGAGCCAGCGCGCUGAGCAGUGAGCAGCAUUGCCCAAUGGCCACUGCUAUUCGUCGUGGGUAAUUAUGAGACGAUUGCUGCAGACGGUGCUGUCACAUGAGAGGUGUCAUGCCCUGGACGCGCCUACGUGCUAAAACGGAUCAACGAGCAGGUGCACUUCGCCGCCAAAAUUAACCGCAGCAUCUCGUGCAGCAUAUUUUAGGUUUCGCAUCGGACGAAUUUUGCGUUAAUAAUGAUCGAGACCGUAGAAGCAAAGAAAGAGGACGUCGAAGUCGGCAAGAAAAUUAUUCACUCUCAUCCGCUUGUUCGGCACUGCGAUAUGCCUGAUGAAAUGAAAAACGAGACUAUCGAGCUGUGUGUUACGGCAUGCGAAAAACACUCCAGCAACAACGAGAGUGCUGCCAAACUAAUUAAGGAGACAAUGGACAACAAAUUCGGGCCCUCGUGGCACGCAGUGGUUGGCGAAGGCUUUGGUUUGGAGAUAACUCAUGAAUGUCGAAACCUUCUGUACAUGUUUUUCGCCGGCAACAUGGCUGUUUGCGUUUGGAAGUGCUCAUGAAUCACUACUGCAUUUUUGAGAUAAAAUACUCGCGCUUUGUUUAGUACCUGUUCCAUUAAUUUACGGACCAAAAAAAAAAAAGAAUUCCAUGAAAGCUCAGGAGGUGUAUUCUCUGGGAGGCUUGGCUUUUAGCAAUAACUUUUUGCAUUUUAGUUACCUCUAAUUUAAAAGUUUUCUUUUUCAACAAUGCCAUUGUUAUACAUUAUGCCUAUGCUAUGAUAGCCUAGUAUUGUUAUAAUAUUGACUAUUUCUAAAAUAUAUAUUAAUAAAUGUAUCGCAUUCAUGCUUCAA